AUAGUCACCUGAUGCUUGUUAGGUAAACAACAUAAGAAACAUGAGAAUACCAUGGCUGAAAUCUCUGUAUGGCUUCACACCGUUCUCUUCUGACGCUUGCUGCCUCUUGCCGAUGACGUUUUAUUUAGGGGACGAUAGCUAGCUAGAAUCGAUAGCUAGCUAGCUAGAACGCUUAAAAAAUUUAUAUAUUAAUGUUUUGCUUUGGUUUAAAGUCCAAAUCCCACGUAGACUUCAAGUAUUGUUUCGAUAAUUUGCAGUGAAAUGUUGGUGACGUUAACUAGUUGAAUGAAUAUGUUAAUUUACAGAGAUAGCUUGUAGGAAAUGAUUAGCUAGCUAGAGAGCCUGUUUUGUUGCUAGCUAUAAUAAUGGGGACAACAAUAGGAAAAGGGGAUACCUAGUCAGUUGCAAGACUGAAUGUAUUCACCAGUCUAACGCAUAAUAUGUAGUAAUGUUACUAGCUUAGCUAGCUAUGUUGACAUUGGUUUUUGGGUUGCCAAGAUAUCUGUAGUUUUAGGGUGAAGAGCUAAUAUGAUUGUUCUUAGUAAAAUUCAUAUUACUCCGUGUGUAUCUCUAGUUGACGCUCCAAGUGAGAGAGGCUUAGAGAUGUGGUCAUAUCAAUUAUCAGAGAGGAAGAACUUAAGCAAUAACUUGUACUAGAGAAUCUUUGGCAAUACCCAGGUUUGGUGGCUUUUGAAAUAGACUAGCUACAUAUCAUCUCGUAGAGCCCGAAACCUGAAGUUGGUGUCUAAAGUCAGAGACAGCCAGGUAGAGCUGUGCCAAGAUGGAUGUCCAGUUGUCCAUCAGCUUCCUGAAGGACAGACUGGGUGGGGCCAUUGAGGAGGCAGUGCGUACAGCAGUGGAGUCUGUGCUGUGUGAGACUGUGCGUCUGUUAACCGGGCUCCAAGGGGACCAGCAGCAGGGACUCUCCUCAUUGACCCAGAGGGACCAGGACACCCUGGGACUGAAGCAGAGGUUAGAGGCCCCCAGUGGGGGUGACUGGAGGGUGCAGGCUGGGUCUUCAGAGGCAUUCUGUAACACAGGACCGAGGGGGGGUGGUGGGCGUGGCAACAUUAAGAAUCCAAUGGGUCAGACCACUUGCUCAACCUCUCAAGCAUCACAAAGGACCACCGUGGAGCCCCAUCCCCAGGAGGUGGUAGAGGACUGCGCUGGACUGCCUGACCCAUUUGACCUUGUGUCGGCUGGGCCAGUGAUGGUGGACUUUGAGGAGGGUCAGGGCAUGGGGAUCCCAGAGGAGUGGGAGCUGAUGAACAGAGUGUACAAGACGGAGCACAAUGAAGACAUGGCCCUUAUUGACGAGGGCGGUGCCACUCACUUUGCAGAUGACCACAGGCUGCAUGAAGGAGACCUGAGGACUGUGGCUGUGUCCCUGGAGGGAGAGAUGGCUGCCAAGCCCCAGGAUGCAUUGCACCCCUGCUUCAGCCCAGCCAACAUCAAAACAGAGCGGCCUGAUAUGGAGAGAUGCUGCAUGGCUGAAGAGGCCCUUGCUCUGCCUCUGCCUCAUCCUGCCAAUAGUGGUGUGGAGGCCGGUGAGUUUGGGCAGGAGCAGGUGGAGGCUGGUCCACAGGACUUUGUAGGUCGCCUGCGCCUGUGGCUGGAGCAGCUGUGUCCUGAGGUGGUGCGGGAGUACGAGAGGGAGGGCUGUCUGUGUGAGCUGUCCCGCAGAAAGCUCAUAAAGUUCUCUGUGUCCUUCAUCGUGGAGGAGUUUGGAUUCUACCCUACCUCUGCUCAGAAGACCAUGCUGGCAGAGCACAUAGUGGAACUCUUCCCAGGACUCAGACUCUGUGCACCCUCUGCUGGCAUCAAUGGCAUCGAACACUUGUACGACCCUUUGUCCCGUACGGGUUACAUUGAGACGCGCCUGCGCAACUCUCGACGCACCCUUGAAGACCACAAGAAGAAGUAUGUGCUGAAGAGGCGUCGGCCAGAGCCAGGUCUGUUGGACCCCGCUGGACCUCGAUCGGGACCUGGGCUCCUGGAGAGCCAGUCCAGUGAGGAGACGCAGAGGUGGGUGGAGCUGAUGAAGAAAACCAGGCCCCUGACCAGGAAUCUGCCUGCAAUCCACGGUGCUAUGGACCUCACAUUCAACGCACGCAGGAGGUGGAUCAGCAACACACGGCCUAGUAUGAGGGCUGUGUUGGCCGAGUACCCACGUUUUCUUGACGUACCCGCCACGAUUGACCUGGAGUUUGAGAGGAUGUUCCCAGGUAAAGGCCACUCUUUCCUGGCCCAGUGGUCGUCUUUCGUGUUGCCCAGGUUGUACCAGAUCGCAGAGUGCGAAAAACACCCAGACAUCUCAGCACUUCUCCAACUGGCUGCCACACAGCAAGGAGACUCCUACACCCUGACUAUGCUGAAGAUCCUGAUCUAUGUACUACCACCAACAAACACCAGUAGAGCCUCCUUACCCUCCAGGAGCAGUGUCAGGCAGGCCAUUCGGUAUCUGGUGGACAUUGUACCGAUGGACACCGAGGUGUCCUCCUUAUUCUGUGACCCUACCUCCUUGGAGGGCCCAGAGUCUGCCUCCCAUGCUCAGCCCUACAUAGUGAGCGUGGGGCCCCUGGAGGCCCCUGGCCGGCAGCUUUGCAUCGUGUUCCCCGUUGAUAGGAUGGCAAUCCCCCUGCCUCAGGAGGGGCUGAGCAAUGCACUGGACAAGCUUUUCAAGCUUCUGCGUGUGUUUGAACAGGGGUACCCAGAUCAGCUAGCCUCCCUGUAUAGCUUCCUUGAGCACCUCUAUGGGCUGGAGAUGACCCCACGAGAUAACCAUGACUCCCCCAGUGGCAAGGGAUCAAAAGUGCUUGAACUUUUAUCACGGCUCCACAUGCCCUCCUGACAGAAGGCGUAGGUCUACACAUGAAUUGAACUCGCCCCACAGACUUACCUUUUCCUUUGUAUUUUUUUGGGAUUGCAAUUUUAUCAUAGCCAUCCUUUACAGAACACUUCCUUUACUAUGUUCUGAAUUUUCCCCAAAAUAAAAAGUAUGUCAGAAUGAACUAAACAAUGCUGAUGGAACACUGGUGUGUUAUACCAUACCAGUCAAUAGUUCAGACACCUACUUAUUCAAGGGUUUGUUAUUUUUACUAUUUUCUACGUUGUAGAAUAAUAGUGAAGACAAACUAUGAAAUAAAAUAUGGAAUCGUGUAGUAACCAAAAAAGUGUCAAACAAAUCAAAAUAUGAGAUUCUUCAAAGUAGCCACCCUUUGCCUUGACAGCUUUGCACACACUUGGCAUUCUCUCAACCAGCUUCAUGAGGUUGUCACCUGGAAUGCAUUUCAAUUAACAUGUGUGCCCUGUUUGAGCCAAUCAAUUGUGUUGUGACAAGGUAGGGGUGGUAUACAGAAGGUAGCCCUAUUUUGUAAAAGACCAAGUUCAUAUUAUGGCAAGAAUUGCUCAAAUAAGCAAAGAGAAAUGACAGUCCAUCAUUACUUUAAGACAUGAAGGUCAGUCAAUCUGUAAAGUUUCAAAAACUGAAAGCUUCUUCAAGUGCAGUCGCAAAAACCAAGUUCUAUGAUGAAACUGGCUCUCAUGAGGACCACAACAGGAAAGGAAGACCCAGAGUUACACUACCGUUCAAAAGUUUCAGGGUCACUUAGAAAUGUCCUUGUUUUUGAAAGAAAAACACUUUUUUUGGUCCAUUUUUAAAAUAACAUCAAAUUGAUCAGAAAUACAGUGUAGACAUGGUUUAUGUUGUAAAUGACUUUUGUAGCUGGAAACGGCUGAUUUGUAAUGGAAUAUCUACAUGGGCAUACAGAGGCCCAUUAUCAGCAACCAUCACUCCUGUGUUCCAAUGGCACGUUGUGUUAGCAAAUCCAAGUGUAUCAUUGUAAAAGACUAAUUGGUCAUUAGAAAACUGUUCUGAUUAAAGAAGCAAUAAAACUGGCCUCCUUUAGACUAGUUGAGUGUCUGGAGCAUCGGCACUUGUGGGUUCGAUUACAGGCUUAAAAUGGCCAGAAACCAAGAACUUUCUUCUGAAACUCGUCAGUCUAUUCUUGUUCUGAGAAAUGAAGGCUAUUCCAUGCGAGAAACUGAAGAUCUUGUACAAUGCUGUGUACUACUCCCUUCACAGAACAACACAAACUGGCUCUAACUAGAAUAUGAGAGGGAGGCCACGGUGCACAACUGAGCAAGAGGACAAGUACAUUAGUGUCUAGUUGGAGAAACAGACGCCUCACAAGUCCUCAACUGGCAGCUUCAUUAAAUUGUACGCGAAAAACACCAGUCAACAGUGAAGAGGCGACUCCAGGAUGCUUGCCUUCUAGGCAGAGUUGCAAAGAAAAAGCCUCUCAGACUGGCCGAUAAUAAGAAAAGAUGGGCAAAAAAACCACAUACUGGACAAAAGUGUUAUGGACAGACGAAUCUAAGUUUGAGGUGUUCAGAUCACAAAGAAGACCAUGAGAUGCAGAAAAGAUGCUGGAGGAGUGCUUGACGCCAUCUGUCAAGCAUGGUGGAGGCAAUGUGAUUGUCUGGGGUGCUUUGGUGGUUGUGAAGUGGGAGAUUUCUAAAGGGUAAAAGGGAUCUUGAAGAGGGAAGGCGAUCACUCCAUCUGGAACACCAUGCCAUACCCUGUGGACGGCACUUAAUUGGAGCAAAUUUCUUCCUAUGACAGGACAAUGACCCAAAACACAGCUCCUAACUAUGCAAUAACUAUUUAGGGAAGCAGUCAGCUGGUAUUCUGUCUAUAAUGGAGUAGCCAGCACAAUCACCGGAUCUCAACCCUAUUGAGCUGUUGUGGGAGCAGCUUGACCGUACGUACCGUACCGUAAGAAGUGCCCAUCAAGCCAAUCCAACUUGUGGGAGGUGCUUCAGGGAGCAUGGGGUGAAAUCUCUUCAGAUUACCUCAACAAAUUGACAACUAGAAUGCCAAAGUUCUGCAAGACUGUAAUUGCUGCAAAUGGAGGAUUCUUUGAAGGAAAAUAGUAAAAAGAAAGUCCAAUCCUUGAGUGAGUAGGUGUGUCUUAACUUUUGACUGGUACUGUAUAUUCACUGCAUUUCUCAUUGACAAUGAAAAUACUUGCAUAAAACUAACAUCUUGUAUGAAUUUUCUGUGUGGGGAAACGAUACCGUAUUUUGUACUUUGGGAUACCUUUUCAGUUUUUGCACAAUUGCUUUAGUAUUUAACUUGCUCAUGAUACUGUUGUUUUUUUAAAUAAAAAAAUAUGAAUGUUU